AUGAAGUUCUCACGCGCAGCUGCUCUUUCUCUCCUUUCUGGAAUCGGGGCUGCAUCUCCAGAUGCUAACUGUUCUCCUGUGACAACCACAAUCUAUCAGCCCACUACUAUAACUGUCACAGAACCUUCAUUCGUAACAUCCACUGUUACUCUUGGAGGAGGUGGAGGGUACGGCGAAGCAGAGGAAUCUGGUACAACAAUAUAUCAGACUGUCACACUUGGAGGCGGAUCUGCUCCCACGCCAGUUACCAUCACAGCACCUGCUCAAACUAUUACAGCCCCUGCCCAAACUAUUACAGUCAAUAAUGGAGGAACGGUUAUUGGAGGAGGCUCCACUUCCACAUCGACAUCUUUGAAGGUGUUCAAAACUUCUACUCCUAUUAUAAGUGGAACAGGAUCGCUUCUGGGAGUUCAGGUCACACCCCUUCCCUCGGCCGGUUCUACCGGAGCCGUUACACAAGUAAACGUGAUAUCAGGGGUUUCAACAGUUCAAGUCUGUCCUACUGGUGCUACAACUUAUGACUGCACAGAGGUUGUUUAUGGGUCAGGAGGAGAAAUAAUUGUAGUUCAGAUCAUCACUGUUGAUGUCACGAUUGAUGUCUACGGUGAAGCCAGCACAGUUACAAUAACCAAGAUUGCCAGUGCUACUUCCACGCCCAGUCUCCCACCUACACACUCGGAAAGUCUUCUUGGAACCAAGACCAGCAAAGUGACAUCUACUGGUAAGCCUACAGGACCACCAUAUUCGUUUGGAAACGGAAGCGAGCCUAUCUAUCCAACGGGUAGUAUUAGAACAGGAAUCAGCGUCUCAUACAAACCCACUGGAACCGGAAAGCCAACCAAGCCGACGCAUGUUGUCUCAAUUGGCCAAAAUGGCACUCUCUCUUUCUCUCCUCAAUACAUUGAUGCGGAGGAAGGAGAUACCGUGCGCUUCAAUUUUUACCCAACCAAUCACACCGUAACUUCUUGUGAUAUCGCGGCUCCUUGCUUUAUGAAUGGUGUCUACGAUUCGGGGUUCAAGCCCGUUCUGGCUAAAAACAUGACUACAUUUGUCGACUUCCCCGUUACAAACGCCACGAACCCACUGUUUUUCUUCAGUCGUCAAAAGAAUGAGUGUGAGUCAGGCAUGGUGUUUGCCAUCAAUCCUAAAUCGAAGGCUCAGUAUGACGGAUUCGUAUCUGCUGCCAAGGGUAAGAAGACUACCACCACAAGCCAUGCACCGACUGGAACAGCAUAUUCGACCGGUACGGUUAGAGGCACAGGCCUUCCAUAUUCUCGCAACGGCACUUACUCAUAUGGCUUCCCAUCCGGCAGUGUCCGACCUACAUCCGCGCACUCUGAGUUGGGCAUUAGCGUGACCGGCUCAUCAAAAGCACCAUUUUCUACUGGUGGGCCAAAAACAACUAUUGGCACUGGAACUGGGGUACAUCAUAUCGAGACGGGAACAGGGUUCGCACUACCAUCCGGCACUUUUAAACCAUCUGGCAGUGUCAAGCCAUCUGGUAGUAUCAAGCCAUCUGGUAGUAUCAAGCCAUCUGGUAGUAUCAAGCCAUCUGGUAGUAUCAAGCCAUCUGGUAGUAUCAAGCCAUCUGGUAGUAUCAAGCCAUCUGGUAGUAUCAAACCAUCAGGCAGCAUUCGCAGCUCCGGGCGUCCACACUCAUCGGGUUCCUUCAGACCAACUGGAAGUAUUAGCGGCAGUGGCCAUGCAUCUUCAACGGGCAGCGCGAAGACAAAUAUCGUCUCAAGCAGCUCGUCUUCAGUCACAAGCAAAACUAGCUCAUCGUCACACUCAACUACUAGCAGUUCAAGUUCGUCUUCACACUCGACCACCAGCAGUUCUAGUUCGACCAUCACCACUACUUCUUCAAUUCACGGUUAUGUUCCCUACAGCUUCUCUACUCCCGUCGCUUCAUAUGUCGCUCAACCCUAUCGAGCGUAA